AUGGAUGCAUCAUGUGAUACACCAAAUUGUACACGUUUAGAUGGUUAUAGUGGUGUUCAAUGUAAUACAAGUAUCAGUGAUAUAGGUAAACCAAAUGCUUGUAUUAAUGGAAAUUGUAUGAAGACAAUAAAUGGAGAUUUCGAAUGUCAAUGUGAUUGCGGUUAUUUUGGUACUCAUUGUGAUAUGAUCAAUAGUUGUUUGCCAAAUCCAUGUAAUCAACGUACUUGUGUGACAUCAUCGAAUUGCAUUGACAAGAUUUGUGAUCAUUCGUGUCUUUGUUCAAAUGGUACAACAGAUCCAUGUUCAAGUAGUCCAUGUCAAAAUUGUGGCCAUUGUUUAAUAUCAUCAAAUAGUUAUUCAUGCCAAUGUGUAUCUCCAUAUGAUGGCAACAACUGCGAUUUAGUUAUAGAUGUAUGCACACCAAAUCCUUGUUUAAAUAAUGGCAAUUGUAGUCGAUAUCUUAAUAUACAUGAUGGAGAAUACAGAUCACCAUGUCAAAAUGAUGGCCUAUGUAUUUCAUCUACAAUGAAUUGUUCAUCGGCCAUCUGUCAAAUUAGUUGUAUUUGUUUGAAUGGUACAACUGGAGUUUAUUGUGAACAACAAGAUACAGCAUCUUGUUCAAUGAUAUCUUGUUUAAAUGGUGGAACUUGUUUAGUAAACGAACAAACUAAUAUUUCAUAUUGUCAAUGUCCAUCGAAUACAACUGGUAGUCGAUGUGAAACAAUUCAACCAGUAUGUACAAACGCAACUUGUUCAAAUAGUGGAAUGUGCUUUAUUGAUACGUCAUCUAGUAAUAAUACAGCUUAUUGUUUAUGUUCUCAAGAUUAUACUGGACCAUCUUGUCAAACACCAUUAUUAUCGAUGAAUAAUUGUUCGUACAAACGUUGUGGAUAUGAUGGUACUUGCAUUCAAACAUCUGUCUCAUCUUAUUAUUGUAUUUGUUCAAAUGGUUUAACUGGUCAAUCAUGCAAUUCUAGUUUGCUAAGUUCAUGUGCUAGUUCGCCAUGUCGUCAUUUAUCAACAUGUCAACAACUGGAAAAUACGAAUCCUCCAAGUUAUAAAUUUAUUUGUCCGAAUUAUUUAACAACUUCUGUAUGUUCCGUGAACACAUGUCACAAUGGUGGUACGUGUCGACAAAUAGCUUCAACGAUGGGUGAAUAUUUAUGUAAAACAAGUUUUACCGUUCCGACUUGUAAUUUACGAGAUUCUUAUGCCGCAUCACCAUGUCACAAUGGUGGUGGCUGUACAACAUUACUUAUUGAUACAGGUACAAGCUGGUCAGCUUAUCGUUGUGUUUCUCCACCGGGUAUAUAUGGACGAAAUUGUGAUAGAGAUAAUCCAUGUAGUCAGUCAUCAUUGAUAUGUCACAAUAGUGGUACAUGCAUACCAUCAAAUGCUGAUCCACCGAUAAUUUCAUGUCUUUGUCAAGAAGAAUUUACAGGUACACACUGUGAAAUAUUGAAAGAAAAUGAUCCAUGUGCUAGUAAUCCUUGUCAAACACUUGGCUAUUGUGCACUAUCAACAUCAAAUAAAACAUAG